CUUACCAAGCACGAACAACAUAAUUUUGCUAAACAUGCUACGUAUCCUCUUCCUCGCAAGUGCCUUACUUCUUCCUGGAAUGGUUUCCGGAGUCUACUUCGGACAGAAACGUUGCUGUCAAGAAAAUAAAUCAUAUUGCACAGACAAUGGAUACUAUGGGUGCAUCGGACUAAAGAACGAUGAUGGGUCUGUUGGCGAAUAUUGCGUACGAGAGGGAGAUAGUGCCUGCUUGCUUGAGUGCAGGUCCGCUUGGGACGGCAGACUUCCUCCGAAGCACUUCAUCUACAGAGAUCCUUUGCAUAAACCAGCCGGGGGAUGUGUCUGCUCCCUUUUCACUAUCGAUGGCGACGAUGGCUAUUGCUAUCGUCGUGCGUAACUAUCGCCUGUUACAAGAGAGGCAGCGGGGGAUCAUCUUGCACGGCGUGCAACAGAUGCAACAUCACGAACUCGAAUAACGGCGAUGAGGAAUGCAACACGGUGGCGAAUUG